AUGAAAUGCUUUGAGUGUAAAGGCUUUGGACACCUAAAGACUGAAUGCCCAAAUCUACAAAAGGCAAAGAAUAAGUCAUUUAUUAGUUUCAGUGAUUCAGACUCUGAAAGUGAUGAAGAAAAAGGGAUGUUAAAUCUGUUUACCUUUAGUGUCAAGAGUGACGAUGCUCCUGCUGAAAGCUCAAAUGAUGAUGAGGAAGAGUCAAUUACUAAAGAGAGCUACUGUGUACUGUAUGACAAUUGGGUUCAGAUGUGUAAUGAAAAAUUACUACUUAUCAAAGAGAAGUUACAAUUGGAAGCCAAAGUCAGUAUGCUAGAAGAAAGUAAGUCUGAAGUUUCAAACUGCAAGGAACUACCUCAUGCUGAAAAGGAGGUGUUUGAGAAGAAGCUACGAAACCUUCAAGAACAGUAUGUUUUGGAGAAGGAAAGGUCAACAAAUCUUGAAAGAGAACUGAAUGAGAAUCAUAAAAAAAUCAGGAUGUUGAACAAUGGUGGACAAAAACUGGAUGAGAUUCUUUCAAUUGGAAUUAUGGGAUCUCGACAUCAAGGUCUGGGGUAUGACAAGAGAGUUGAACUACAGAAGGAGGUUGUAGUACCAAUACGAAACAGACAACUUCAGAACAAAUCUGAUAAUUCUCAGAAAGUCUGGUCAGAUUCCAAAAGAGGAAGAAGGAAGUACACUUGCUUUCACUGUUGUAAUACAGGUCACGUUCGAAGAUUUUGCUACAAAUUUAAAAACAAGAUCAAAGAGCUUUGGAUGGCCAGAAAAUGCUUCAUCGAUCCAUUUCACUUUUGUCAAGUCUGGGUAGCUAAAAGAGAUCUCUACAGUAAGGAGUCAGAGAACAAUGAGCUAAAAUAUGAUCAAGCAAUUCAAGAGUCUGAGGAAAUCAAUCUUUGCUGUAAUUUUUCUUCGAUAAUCAGUGAGGAGGAAGUGUUUAAAGCACAAGUAGCUUUUACUUCUGCAAGCAGUGAAUGUGGUAAUCCUUGGUACUUUUAUAGUGGUUGUUCACGUCACAUGACAGGGAAUCCAAACUUCCUAUCGGCAUAUGAAGAAAUCACAGGUGGAAAGGUAACAUUUGGUGAUGGUGGAAAAGGGUCUAUUAGAGGUAAAGGACAGCUUGAGGAUGAUAAUCAGCCAUCAUUAAUCAAUGUAUACUAUGUUGAAGGGUUAAAAGCAAACCUGAUUAGCAUCAACCAAUUGUGUGAUGAAGGUCUAAGAGUAAUUUUCACUAAGAUUGAUUGUCAAGCAGUAGAUAAAAACAACAAUACUGUCUUGUUUGGUGUUAGAUCAGUGAAUAACUGCUAUAUGUGGAAACCUUCAUCAACAUGCUUAGCCGCAACUGUUUCUGAGGUUGAACUUUGGCACAAGUGA